AUGUACGACAUCGAUGAAGAAAACAAUGACAUUGAGGGACUGACUCCGUGGAUAUUUCAACAUACCCAGAUACUUGAUCAUGAAUCCUUCGGCGCCUGGCCAAAGGAGAGGACGGAAUUCCGAGAUGUUUUCUAUCUCCUCAAUACGCAGUUCCAUGACGCUUGUGAGGCCGGGGAACUGGUGGAUGCGUUGGAACCGACUGAAACCGUUUCACUCCCGAGAAAAAAUUGGAAGGCGCCCAGAAGAGAGUAUUUCACUCAUUCUAUGAGAUCGCAAGGGAUGUUGCUUAGAAUUUUGAUGGAGACUAUCUAUUACAAUCUCAGAGAUAUCGUGGAUGAUGGCCCCGAACUUCAGUCUGUCACACACCACCCUCGACUCCUCUGCUGGCCUAACAUUUCCCAAGCUUUCCUGUUUCAAAGUUCCGGCAAGAAUACACUAUUGGUGGUCAUCGAUAGUCCAGUAGUCCUGAUGGAGCAGCUUUUGUCGGUCUACCAGAAGCGCGUAUACCGGUGA